AUGAACUGGUUUGGACGACACUUCUCUGAGCAUCCGGAGGAAGCAGUGUCUUUGCUCAACAUACACUUACCACUCUUUUCACUCAUUUCAUCUGAAGAUGAGCGUUUCAUUUCUAACUUGAGGAGCCAAGUACCAGCUCGUGCAGUGGUGAAGCAGCCUGUCCGGGAAGUCAGUGGCAGGACCACAGUCACAGCAAUUGUUCAGACUGGUGGGGACUGGAGCACCGGCCUCUUCAGUGUCUGCAGAGAUAGGAAAAUCUGUUUCUGUGGUCUGUUUUGUCCAAUGUGUCUUGAGUAUGACAUUGCCAGGCAUUAUGGAGAAUGUCUCUGUUGGCCUCUGUUACCGGGAUCUACCUUUGCAUUGAGAAUUGGCACCAGAGAGAGACAUAAAAUACAGGGGACACUCUGUGAAGAUUGGCUGGUGGUGCACUGCUGUUGGCCCUUUUCCAUCUGCCAGGUGGCCCGAGAACUCAAGAUGAGAACCUCCCAAGUCUACGAAAUCCAUGCAGUCCCUUCGACUAAGGACACCGAGGCUUGAUAGAACUCUCUCCCCACGUCUCCCAAACCCUCUUGGCAGAAAGAUUGUUUUCUUAGCUUUUAUUGGAAGAGUAGGAAAAUAAAUGAUUUUCCCA